GCCAGGUGCUGCGGGGCGCCAGGCUGAGGCCGGCAGACUCAGUGCACGUGGUGCCAGAAGCAGGACCGGGGCGGGUCACUGCCCCGCCCCCAGACACGCCCCGUCCCCCAAGCUACGCAGCCUGACUGCCCGGCCCGGCAGGACUGGGGGGUCGGGCGCGCUCCUGGCACGAGGCCGCAGGGCCGGGCCAGCCUGGCGCGAGGAGCUCGCGGUGCCGCCGGGCGGGACGUGCUCAACCGGCUGGUCCUGCUCCUGAGCCCCCUGCGUGGCCCGGGUGUCGGCUCAGCCGAGCGAGGGCAGCUCCCAAGCGCGGCCCAGGUCCGAGCUCCGCGCCGCCGGCCCCAUGUCCCGCGGCCCCUGCCCCGCGCGCUGCCCCGUCGUGGUGACGCAGCCGGCGGCCGCGGGCCGGUGCUGCCAGACGCUGCCGCGGGACUGGCGCUCGGGGCUGCUGGACUGCAACUCGGACAGCGGCAUCUGCGUGCUCGGCUCCGUGCUGCCCUGCGUCCUGGCCUGCCAGGUCGCCAUGGCCUACGGCGAGUGCUGCUGCGUGCCCUUCCUGCCCGGCGCCCUCGUCGCCAUGCGCACGGGGCUGCGCGAGCAGCGCCGCAUCCGGGGCUGCGUGUGCUGCGACUGGGCCGCCGUCUGCUGCUGCUGCCCCUGCGCCCUGUGCCAGCUGGCCCGCGAGAUCCAGGGGCCCUGCUAGGUGCGGGAGAGGCCGGACUUCCCGCGUCUGGGCAGGAUCAAGGCCAGCCGAGCCGUUCAACUCCUGCGCCAGAGCAUCACCUCCUGCCCCCGCUGUGCCGGAGCUACUGUCGGUGACGGCUCCCUGGCACAGAGCAGGGGAAGAGGGGGCUGCUCUAAUAAAUGGUCUGAAUCACUUUCCUCUAA